AUGGCAAAUGAAGACUUUCAAAUUAUUUAUAAUGGUCCACUUGCAGAACAGUUAGCAAAAAGCGAAACUCAUAACCACCAAAGUCAAGACAAUGUUGGUGAAUCUCAAGAUUUUACAAAUGAAACAAUUAUAAAUGAUUUAUGCAAAUUGCAUGAAAAAGAAAUCUAA